GAGCAGGAAGAGAAAUCGAAAGUAGAUCAGCAGGAGAUAUGCAGUGCUAGUUUUACUGACAUUCUAAAAAGCUGUAAACACUGAGAAUCAUCCGCCUUUACUCCAGUGUGUGACCGCCUAUAGACAGGACUUUACUAAAGUUUAGUUAUGAAAUUGUUUAUUUUUGUUUAUUUUGCCUCUUUGCUGGGAAAUGUUGGGACUGUAACAUGGAGCUCGACAGUUCCGGAAGUUCUGCUUUUUCUCCUGUUUUCUGUUCAUCCUUCAUCAGCAGCGAAUCCUAUAUUAGAGUACAAGACUACAUGUACCAUCGUUCCAGAAGGUUGUUCCACAACUGCUGAGCUGGAUGGAGAGCGGUUUGAAUACAGUGAUGAAGAGGGAAUUCUAAAGACCAAGUAUAUGAUCUAUGAUGAAUCAAAGUACUGCAUGCAUGAAAAACACAGGCUGCAGGGUGAACAUGGGGACCUCAAAUAUCUUCUGAAUCGACUAGUGGAACUCCUUAAUCAUGCUAGAGGAAAUCCUACGCUACGCAGAGUGGCUCGCUGUGAGCUUGUUGAUGGCACCUGUGGAGGAUUCAUUCAGUUCUAUUAUGAUGGAGAAAAACUCGCCAGUCUGGAUUUGAAAACUAAAAACUGGACUACAGCUACACCUCAAGCUGAGAUCUUCAGAGAGGAGAUUGACCCGAGAGGAGAUGAGGCUGAACACUGGAAGAAGCGCCUGAAGGUAGAAUACGAGUCAUUAAAGCAGUGUCUCUCCUCCAGGAGACAGACUCCGGAAAGGCAAGUCACACACUCUCUGCAGUACCAACACACUGCUGUCACACCAGGAAUAAAUCUCCCAGAAUUCACUGCUGUUGGUCUGGUGGAUGGAGAGCAGUUUGUGAUCUAUGACACCAACAUCAAGGAGGCGAUCCCAAAGACAGCGUGGAUACAGAAGAUCAGCGCUGAUGAUCCAGAUUACUGGAAGAGAGAGACAGAACGUAUGCAGGAUGAAGGUGACAGACUCACAGUCAGAUUGGGUCUCAUAAUGGUGCGUUUUAAUCAGACUCAAGGAGUUCAUACACUCCAGAGGACGUACAGCUGUGAGCUUGAUGAUGACGGCACCACUAGAGGAUAUGAUCUGUACAGUUAUGAUGGAGAAGAUUUCAUGAGUCUGGAUCUGAAAACUGGAACCUGGACUGAAGCGAAACUCCAAGCUGGAAUCUUUAUAAAGGAGUGGGAUCCUACAGAAGUUGAAACUAAAUACUGGAAGAGCUACCUGGAGAAUGACUGUAUUGAGUGGUUAAAGAAGUUUGUGUCUUACAGCAGAGAGACUCUGGAGAGGAAAGUUUGUCCCAAGGUGUCACUGUUCCACAAACACACUCCUUCUCCAGAGGUGGUGUGUCACGCUACAGGUUUCUUCCCCAAAGCCCUGAAUAUCACCUGGCAGAAGGACGGAGAGGACGUGAUUGAGGACGUUGAGCUCAAUGAGACGUUACCCAACCAGGAUGGAACCUUCCAGAAGAGGGGCAUUCUGAAAGUCCCAGCUGAGGAGCUGCAGAAACACACAUACACCUGCGUGGUUCAGCACAGCAGCUUGGAGAAGGAUUUAAUCCUAGAAGUAGCAAAAGGUGGAGUGUCAGAUGGAGGAUCAGGUGGAGGGCAGAUUGGUGUCGUCAUUGGUGUCGUCGUGGCCGUCAUCGCUCUCGUCGCUGUUGUCGCUGCUGUUGUCUUCUGGAAGAAGACGAACUCUGGAUUCAGGACUGUUCCCCCCAAACCCUACUCUGUAGGAGAUUCUUCCUUCAACUCUUAAACUGUGACUGUGUUUCUUCCUGCUGGAGUGAGAGAGAUUCUCCUUCCUGCUCUCCUCCAUAUCCAGUACUACAGGACUAUACUGACCUCCACAGAUGCAGCACUUCACUCUUUCCCCAGACCUGCAUCUUCAUGUUUCCUUCCACAUCCAGCACAUUGCUGUUUACCAGGAGACAGUGGGGCUCGUCCACAGGGGCAGGUGGAGCACAAACCUGAUUCACAGAUCCACACAUUUUACUGUCACUAAUGAUUUUUUUAUGUUAUUUGACAGAUACGGUGCCCUCCACAAUUAUUGGCACCCCUGGUAAAGAUUUGUUUAAAAAAAAAAAGGUUACAAAAAAAAUCCACCUUUUGGCAAAGUUGCUUCAUCUCACACUGAAAAAAAUUAGAAAAAUCCAACCUUUUUGACUAAAAUUUAUUCAGAGAAAAACAGUUCCCUCGUCAAGAAAUAAUUAUUUUCAAUAAAACCACGUUCCACUAUUAUUGGCACCCCUGCAUUUAAUACUCUCUACAACCUCCUUUGCCUGUAAAACAGCACCGAGUCUCUCCGAUAACAUUUUAUAAGGUUGGAAAUACAGAACAGGGCAUCUGAGACCAUUCCUCUUUACACAAUCUCUCCAGAUCAUCCAGAGUCCUCGGCCCUCUCUCGUGCUCUCUCCUCUUCAGCUCCGCCCACAGGUUUUCACUGCGGUUCAGCUCAGGGGACUGAAAUGUUCAUGGUAGAAGCUUGAUUCUGUGUUCAGUAAACAGUUUUUUUUUUCAUUGUCCUGCUGGAAGAUCCAGUGACGACCCAGUUUUAGUUUCCUGACAGAGGAGCCAGAUUCUGAUUUAAAAUGUCCUGCUAUUUCAUGGAGUCCAUGAUGCCAAUGCCAUGUUCAAGGUUUCCAGGCCUUUGGAGGAAAAACAGACCCAAAACAUCAUAGAACCUCCAUCAUAUUUUACAGUUGGGAUUGGUUUCUUUUCAUCAUUGCCAUCCUCCUUUUUACACCAAACUCACCUUGAACAUUUAUUGCUAAAAAUCUCCAGUUUUGUUCUAUCAGACCAGAGAACAUGGUUCCAGUCAAAGUUGUAGUUGCGUUUCCCAAACUUCAGGUGCGUAUGUUUGCGGUUAACUGACACAAAAGGCUUUUUUUUUCUGGCAAAUCUUCCAAAUAAUCUGUUGGCAUGGAGGUGGAGUCUAAUGGUGGUUUUAGAGACUUGGAAACCAAGAUUUUACUUUUUUUUUUCUUGUAAUUCAACAACAGUGAUCCUUGGUGAUUAUUAUUAUUUUUUUUUUUUUUGCCUCUCUCACCCUCCUCACUGUACGUGGGGCAAAAUAAACUUGGGUUCUCUUCCAGGCAAGUUUGUAGCAGCUCCAGUUGGUGUCCACUUUUUUAUUUUUGCUUGAGCAGUAGAAAGGGACAUUUUCAGGUGAGGAGAUAUUUUAAAAAAACAUUCUCUGACUUAUGAAGGUCAACACACUUCAUUUGGUUUGUGUGUUCUCUCUUCUCUUUCCCAUGUUUAUGGAUGACUUGACGGAAUUUGGCCUCUGUGUCACCUCAUGUUUGUUCCCUAUUAAUCAGGAAGUCAUGGAUUAUAGCUUGAAAGUUCCUGCACACCCCAAUCAACUUGAACAUGUACAGCUUAAAUGGGAAAACAUGCUUCAGUUACAUUGUUUGCUGUCUUUUCCAGGGGUGCCAAUAAUAGUGGCACAUGUGUUUUUUGUUGAAAAUAAUUAUCUUGAAGUAUGUUCUUUUCUUAAUACAUUUUUGAUUAGAGGUUGGAGUUUUCUCAUUUUUUUCAGUGUGAGAUGACAUGACUUCACCAAAAGGUGGAUUUUUUUUUUCCUCCGUGCUCUCACGGAAGGCGGUCGCAUUUCUCUGCUCUCCUCUCCUUUUUUUUUUUUGUCCCGCUUGUGCUCUUUGUUUCGUCUCAUCUGCCUAUACUUUUUUUUUUUUGAGAGACUCUCUCUGCAUUGAAUUUCUAAACUAAAAAGCAUGGAUUUGAUAAACUGGUCUCCUAACGAAAUUGACACAGUUUUCUCAAUGAGAAGCCUGGGUUCAGGGGAACCCACCUGUCUUGCUGGAACAUCUGUGGAGGACAUUGAAGAUAUUUACCUAUUCGGAACCAUGAUUGCCGGACUUUUGCUGAUUGGAUUAGGCAUUGCCCUGGUAUAUCGAGGAAAUCAGACAACGGUGGCAGCUGUUCAAAGCCCCACAAAGCUGCCCGAUAUGAUUGAAGCGGUGGGCAAAGCUGUUGGCACUCAGACUGUGGCAGAACUUGAACCACAAUAUGGUUGUCAUCUUGGAGACACUUUCGGCUUUGCAAGGAAUAAGUAUUUUGGAGACUGAAUUGAAUUGGACAGAUAUGGAUGAGUGGUGUGGACGUGUAAAGACUGCAUCUGUUCGAAAGACCAAACAAUCUCUAUCUUAUCAACAUUCGGCUCCCUGAACAGCACCGGCCUCAAUCAAGGCCGUUGCUGGGGCAAUAUUUCCCCCAGUAGGUCACUGCUGGGAGACACUCUCGCAUUCUUCGCAUUCCUUCCCCAAUUUUCCACGGUCACCUUUUUUUCACCCCCAGUGUGACAAGCGAGUGCGUGACCAGCGCCCUCAUGGCUGCAGGAGUGGACGGCUGCUUGCUUGCGCUGGGUUACCUCUACCUCCUCCCCUCUUGCGCCCGCCCCCCCCCCCCCCCCCCCAAGUCCCGUGUUUUAAAGUGUGCUUGUGUUAUUGUGUGCUGUACUCCUGAUAGGAGCAUAGUGGGGGGGGUUCUUUUUUUUUCAUCAUCUUUCCUCAUGUUACUACUGUUUUUCUUUUAUCCCUGUCUUCCUGUCCUGUUCCCUCUCUGUAAGGACAGGUCGAUGGUCAAUUUCACUGGUAACAGUGAUGAUAAAGGGUUCAUUCAUUCAUUUUUUUUCUAACCAUUUUUACUAAUCUUUACAAGAGGUGCCAAUAAUUGUGGAGGGUCCUGUAUAAGCCAAUGUCCGAUGUGUCCUGUUUGUUUGUUUUUGGGUUAAAUUGUUUCAAAAGAAAGACAGAAAUCAUCUGAGCCCCAACAAUGUGAAACAAAUUCUAUUCAUUAAUAAAAAUCAAUAAGAUUUUUGAGUCCAG